AUGUUAGCUUCUGGACCAGGUGGCCAGGGAACCAAGCAUUUGCUGCUCUCGGUUCUGCUCCUUGCAGCGUUGGAAGCCGAGAGCGGCCAGGUCCGCUACUCGGUCCCGGAGGAGGCCAAACACGGCACCUUCGUGGGUCGCAUCGCCCAGGACCUGGGGCUGGAGCUGGUGGAGCUGGUGCCACGCUUGUUCCGGGUGGCGUCCAUAGGCCAUGGGGACCUUCUGGAGGUAAAUCUGCAGAAUGGCAUUUUGUUUGUGAAUUCUCGGAUCGACCGCGAGGAGCUGUGUGGGAGGACUCUGGAGUGCAGCAUCCACCUGGAGGUGAUCGUGGACAGGCCGCUGCAGGUUUUCCAUGUGGAGGUGGAGGUGAAGGACAUUAACGACAAUCCGCCUGUGUUCCCAGCAUCACGAAAAAAAUUGUUUAUUUCUGAAACUACAGCUCUUGACUCUCAUUUUUCACUAGAGGGCGCCUCUGAUGCAGACAUCGGGGCCAAUGCUCUUCUGACUUACAGACUGAGCCCCAAUGAGUAUUUCUCUCUGGAAGUACCCACCAACGAUGACCAGGUAAAACCACUCCAACUAGUGCUAAAAAAACCUUUAGACAGGGAGGUCGCUUCAGAGCUUCUCUUGGUGCUCAAAGCAACUGAUGGGGGAAAGCCCGAGCUGACAGGUACCACAGAGUUACACAUCACAGUGCUGGAUGUAAAUGACAACGCCCCAGUGUUUGACAAAGCUGUCGAUCGUGUAAAAUUAUUGGAGAAUUCGAGAAACGGUACACUGGUUAUUAAACUUAACGCCUCAGAUUUGGAUGAAGGUUCAAACAGCCAUAUUCUUUAUUCCUUUGCAACUGAUGUCUCCUCUAAUACAGAAGACUUUUUCCACAUAGAUUCAGCCAGUGGAGAAAUAAAAGUAAACGGAAAAAUAGAUUUUGAAGAAACCAAAUUAUGGAAACUUCAAAUAGAAGCAGUUGACAAAGGAAAUCCCCCGAUGUUUGGUCACUGCACGGUCUUGAUAGAAAUCUUGGAUAUUAAUGAUAAUGUUCCGGAGUUACUAGUGACGUCACUAUCAUUGUCUGUUCCAGAGGAUGCUACACUAGGGACUGUCAUUGCCCUAAUCAGUGUAACUGACCGUGACUCUGGCGCCAACGGGCAGGUGACCUGCUCACUAGCACCCCAAGGCCCCUUCAAGCUGGUGUCCACCUUCAAGAAUUACUAUUCGCUGGUGCUGGACAGCGCCCUGGACAGAGAGAGCGUGGCGAACUACGCUCUGGUAGUGACCGCACGCGACGGAGGCUCGCCUUCGCUGUCGGCCACGGCCAGCGUGUCCGUGGAGGUGGCCGACGUGAACGACAACGCGCCGGCAUUCGCGCAGCCCGAGUACACGGUGUUCGUGAAGGAGAACAACCCGCCCGGCUGCCACAUCUUCACGGUGUCGGCGCGCGACGCCGACGCGCAGGAGAACGCGCUGGUGUCCUACUCGCUGGUGGAGCGGCGCGUGGGCGAGCGCGCGCUGUCGAGCUACGUGUCGGUGCACGCGGAGAGCGGCAAGGUGUACGCGCUGCAGCCGCUGGACCACGAGGAGCUGGAGCUGCUGCAGUUCCAAGUGAGCGCGCGCGACGCGGGCGUGCCUCCCCUGGGCAGCAACGUGACGCUGCAGGUGUUCGUGCUGGACGAGAACGACAACGCGCCCGCGCUGCUGCCGCUGCCCGGGGCGCGCGGCGGGGGCGGCGCGCUGAGCGAGCCGGUGUCGCGGGCGGUGGGCGCGGGCCACGUGGUGGCCAAGGUGCGCGCGGUGGACGCGGACUCGGGCUACAACGCGUGGCUGUCGUACGAGCUGCAGCCGGCGGCGGGGGGCGCGCGCAGCCCGUUCCGCGUGGCGCUGUACACGGGCGAGAUCAGCACGACGCGCGCCCUGGACGAGGCGGACGCGCCGCGCCAGCGCCUGCUGGUGCUGGUGAAGGACCACGGCGAGCCGGCGCUGACGGCCACGGCCACUGUGCUGCUGUCGCUGGUGGAGAGCGGCCAGGCGCCCAGGCCGUCGUCGCGGGUGUUGGCGGGCGGCGCGGGCGCGGGCGCGGGCGCGGGCGCGGCGCUGGUGGACGUCAACGUGUACCUGAUCGUCGCCAUCUGCGCGGUGUCCAGCCUGUUGGUGCUCACGCUGCUGCUGUCCACGGCGCUGCGGUGCUCGGCGCCGCCCAGCGAGGGCGCGUGCGGGCCGGGGAAGCCCACGCUGGUGUGCUCCAGCGCGGUGGGGAGCUGGUCGUACUCGCAGCAGAGGCGGCAGAGGGUGUGCUCUGGGGAGGGCCCGCCCAAGGCCGACCUCAUGGCCUUCAGCCCCAGUGUUCCUCCUGCUUCAGGUUCUGGAGAUAGUGGAGAACAACAGAUUUUCCGGAAUGAGUGUACAGUACUCACUAUUCAGGCGCAAGGUGUCGCUCUUUACUCGGUGGAAAUAGUUCUUUCCAGGGUCUGUCUGAACAGCCAGAAACGCCCCAUACGAAAACGCCUCAAUCACGCCGAACGCUACCAUUAA